UCAUGUCAUUACGAAUGACAGUUCUGUAAAUUGGUAAAUUUCGUUGUUCCCUUGUGCAGUAUUUUCGUUACCUAGAAGCAAAUAAUUACAACAAAAUGGUUUUGGAGAGCACUAUGAUAUGUGUAGACAACAGCGAUUACAUGAGAAAUGGUGAUUUCCUUCCGACGAGGCUCCAAGCGCAGCAAGAUGCAGUCAACUUGGUAUGUCACUCUAAAACCCGAUCGAACCCUGAGAAUAACGUCGGCUUACUAACUCUAGCUAACGUCGAGGUGCUAGCCACUCUCACUAGCGACGUGGGAAGGAUACUGUCCAAGCUGCACCGCGUCCAGCCCAAUGGUGACAUUAACAUUCUAACAGGAAUUCGCAUCGCACACUUGGCUCUCAAACAUCGUCAGGGCAAGAACCACAAGAUGCGUAUUGUCGUCUUCGUCGGAUCCCCGAUCAACUCAGACGAGAAGGAAAUGGUGAAAUUGGCCAAAAGACUGAAAAAAGAGAAGGUAUCAUGUGAUGUUGUAUCAUUCGGGGAGGACUCUGAAAACAAUCCUUUGUUGACCUCAUUCGUCAAUACCUUAAACGGCAAGGAUAAUACAUCCGGUGGGAGCCACCUUGUGUCUGUACCGGCAGGGGGCUGUGUAGUGCUGUCAGAGGCUUUGAUUUCGAGUCCCAUUAUUGGUGGAGAUGGUGCUGGCCCAUCUGGCUCCGGUUUGUCGCCGUUCGAGUUCGGAGUAGAUCCCAAUGAAGACCCAGAGUUGGCUCUCGCUCUGAGGGUGUCCAUGGAGGAGCAGAGGCAAAGACAGGAGGAGGAGUCUCGACGACAGCAGGCUACCACUGAGGGAGAAACUCCCAAAGCCAGUGAAGGAGCCCAGGACACAGGAAUGGAGAGAGCCAUUGCAAUGUCCCUCGGUGAAGGCGAAGCUAUGGAGUUGUCUGAGGAGGAGCAGAUCGCUCUGGCCAUGCAAAUGAGCAUGCAGCAGGAGGCUCGUCAGGCUGAAGAGAGUAUGGAUGUCUCAGAGGAGUAUGCUGAAGUCAUGAACGACCCGGCUUUCCUUCAAAGUGUUUUGGAGAACCUUCCCGGCGUAGACCCCCAGAGUGAAGCUAUAAGAAAUGCUAUGUCCACCUUCAAAAAAGAUAAGGACGACAAAGACAAAGAAGAGAAGGAUAAGAAAGAAAAAGAUGGUUCUGGAAGUUCCAAGAAAAACUAACUUUUAAUUUUUUUAUUAUAUUAUACUUUGAACAUUAAGGGCCACAUUUGUAAUUGUCAAAUAAAGCUUAUUGAUAUAGCAA